UCUCCGCCCCAUCUGACUCCAGCCGCCGUUCUUGUGAAUCCUUCCCAGAUCCUGUCAUGGGGUCCGGCUCCUGCUAGUCCUGUUGUUCGUACGCAGGAGAAGAGCACCUGAAGCUGGGGAGCCGCCAGCAUGUUCUGCACCAAGCUGAAAGACUUGAAGCUGACUGGAGAAUGUCCCUUCUCUAUGCUGACCCAGAGCCAGGGAUCCGAGGACGACGAGGUGCCCACCAGUGCCGCAGCUGCUGCACCACCAAUCUGCACUGACACCACUGUCCGGCAGAGGAGACUGCAAGAAGAGCCGCCACAGAGGAAGAGCAGCCGCACCAGGGUCUACCUGCACACUUUGGCUGAGAGCAUCUAUAAGCUCAUCUUCCCUGAGUUUGAGAGGCUGAAUCUUGCUCUUCAAAGAACAAUUGCAAGACACAAGACGAUUUAUAGCACCAACAGAUCUACUUGUAUUACUUUCAAGCUUCCUGGUUUACCAGUCUGUGGAAAAUUUGAUGAUAGAGACAAUUUUGAGAAAAUAAUUGUAGACCAAUCCAAUACUGCAGGUGUUUGUGUAGAAGACGUUAAAGUAUCUCUAGGCGAAGAGCUCUUUAAAUUAUGUUAUGAGGAAGAUGAACAUGUUUUAAAAGUUGUUGGAGGGACAUUGAAAGACUUUUUGAACAGUUUUAGCACUCACUUGAAGCAGUGUGGACAGUCCCGACCAAAUGAAGAUGGCAGUGGUCUUCAAGAAGGGUCAAUAUUGUGCCUUGAAAAAGAUCCAGAUUUCCUAAAUGUUUAUUAUUUUUUUCCUAACAACAUUACUACACUAAUUCUACCUGGAAUAAUAAAAGCCGCAGCAUACACCUUGUACGAAACUGAAGUGGAAGUAAAGUUGGUCCCACAACGUGUCAAUGAUGGGAAUGACUUUAUUAAGGAACCUUAUAUAUUGUACUCUGUGCAAGUCAAAAAAACAAAACCUUCUUUAUCUCCUUGCAAACCACAAUCAUAUGUUGUUAUUUCAGCUUCCAUCUUUUGUAAGACAUUUCCUUUUCAUUUCAUGUUUGAUACAGACAUGAAUAUGUUACAGGUUGGAAAUGGAGUUAAGAAACUACUCAACAGAAAGGACAUUCCAGGAAAAUCUAACUUUGAGGAAUACUUUGAAAUCCUUUCUCCAAAAAUAAGCAGUACCUUCAGUGGGAUAAUGACUAUGUUAAAUAUGCAGUUUACUAUAAGAGUUAAACGAUGGGACAACACUAUUGAGAAUUCGUCAAAGUCACAAUCGAUGAACCUAAAAGGCCAGAUGAUCUAUGUUUUCGAAUCAAGCGCUCUUCUGUUCCUGGGCUCCCCCUGUGUAGAUAGAUUAGAAGACUUCACAGGACGAGGUCUCUACCUGUCAGAUAUUCCAAUCCACAAUGCGCUGAGAGAUGUGGUACUAAUAGGAGAACAGGCCAGAGCACAAGAUGGACUGAAAAAGAGGUUAGGAAAGCUAAAGGCUACCUUGGAAAGCACCCAUCAAGCUUUAGAAGAGGAGAAAAAGAAAACUGUUGACCUUUUGUUCUCAAUCUUUCCUGGUGAAGUUGCUCAACAGUUAUGGCAAGGACAUACUGUAAAAGCCAAAAAGUUUAACAAUGUGACCAUGCUCUUCUCUGAUAUUGUGGGCUUCACAGCAAUAUGUUCUCAUUGUUCACCCAUGCAAGUUAUCACCAUGCUGAAUGAACUUUACACACUUUUUGAUUUCCAAUGUGGAGAACUCGAUGUCUAUAAGGUGGAAACUAUAGGUGAUGCUUACUGUGUGGCUGGGGGACUACAUAAGGAUAGUGAGACACAUGCCUUUCAAGUUGCUCUGAUGGCUUUAAAAAUGAUGGAGCUCUCAGAUAAAGUCAUGUCUCCUCAUGGAGAACUUAUAAAGAUGCGUAUAGGUCUUCACUCUGGUUCAGUUUUUGCCGGUGUUGUUGGUGUAAGAAUGCCACGUUAUUGCCUUUUUGGAAAUAAUGUUACACUUGCCAAUAAAUUUGAAUCUUGCAGUAUACCGAGGAAGAUAAAUAUCAGCCCUACAACAUAUAGCUUGCUUAAAGAUUUCAAAGGAUUCAGAUUUUUACCUCGAUCAAGAGAAGAUCUUCCACCAAAUUUUCCAGCUGAAAUUCCAGGAAUAUGUUAUUUUCUAGAGGCCUUGGAUCAAGAGGUGUUGAUCAAGACUUGGUACCAAAAGAAAAAUGUAGAGGAUUCACAUUUCAGCCAAACAAAAUAGACAAAUUUUAUCUUUUCAUGUUUUGCAUAUUGUGUAGCAGUAAUUCUUUACAUGAUAUUGUCUUCCUUUACAAACAACAUUUUUAAGUAACACCUACAAUGUGCUUUUAAGUCACAAUUUUGCUUUGUAAGACUGGGUUCGCAUAUGUCCGGCAUAGGUGAACUUAGCCUAUAUUUCUACGCAACUGAUGCCACAACUGAUGACACGUUGUCACUAGUUGUAUGGCAUCUGGCGUCCAUUGUUUCUUGAUGGGGGACAGAGGAACGCAACAUGCUGCGUAACCCUGUCCAGUGCCCCCCGGUGUGUCCAACCAUCCGGUGUCAAAAUUGAGAUGGUGAAUGAUUGUGAACUGUCCCAUUGAAAUAAUUGGGAUUAGUUCUAGCAUCAGUUUCCCUCCGGUGCACGCUGGAUUGAAACUGUGCUGGACAACUGACAUUUAUGAACCCAGCCUUACUGCAAAAACAAAUGGGCUCUAGAGAUCAAAGAAGGUCAACACCACUUCUAAGCUAGACAUUCUUAUUGAAGUUAGAAGUAUUUAUUAAAUGUUCAGUAUGGUUGUAUGUCAGUUAGGCUUUGGUUAUUGGUGGCGUAUUUGCAUUAUGUUAAAGUAGAAUUUUGAGAAUUUUCAAUAUAAUAAUACUGUUAUAUAAUCUCAUUGUUUGAACUAUUUUCAUAAAAGAAUAUGUUUUACAAAGUUCCAUGUGUAAAAUUUUCAUUUGGCCAUUUUUGUUAAAUAUUAAAAACAAGGCCCUCACCCUCUCCUAUUUAUCACUUUAUGUUCUUCAUUCUAUUAAAGUCAUGGAGUUGGAAAGUCAGUAGAUCUAAAAUAUAACUAAAACUCCAUUAUUCUUUUAAACUGAUUAUAUUACAGAUCAACAUAAAGUAAUAAGCAAUAUCUUAAUUUAUAAAUAGGUACUGUAUUAAUGUUGUUAAAAGGGUACUCCGGUGGAAAAAACAUUUUUUAAUCAGCUGGUUACAGAGAGUUAAUCAGAUUUGUAAAUUAGGCAAAGCAAAAGUGUGAUAUUCGGCACUGCUAUAGCUGGCUAAGCCGGGCUAUUGGACGGACGCUCGACUAGGAUAAACCUGUAGAGAUGUGGUGGUGCUCUGAUGUAAUGGCAAAGUUAAAAUCUUCAAUACAGUGGAGAGUUAGAAAAUAAUCGGCACUCACCGGUCUUCUCUAAAAUCAG